CAAAGGCCACCACGGUUUCGUUCAAAAUAAAGCUGGACGUGCGCACUGCAGGUCAGGAGGAGAAAAAACCUCAACCUUUAAAGUCUCACUAAGUUCAUAAAAAAACUUUAAAUUCGGUAUGUAAAGAUCUGGAAAACAUGUGAUUCCAGACCGUUAAUUACCUGCGCAAAAUUAUUUAGGUAUUUUCUACUAAUAUUUCCACACUAUUGAAGCUUUAAUUGUGAAAAUCUUUAACGGAUACAGUUAACGUAAUGAGCGUUUGACGUUAAACGAGUGAAGCUCAGGAGACAUGGACGGUAAAGACGAAGAGCUGGGUGCGUUUGACCCGAGCAUCCCGGAGCAGGGCCCGUCCACGCCCCCUGCUGGCUGGCUGGACCAUGUGCAUGGAUACAGGCCCCACAAAGCAGGAGAGGAGGAUGCCCCUCUGUACCCGCCGCCCCCGGCCUACAGCCCCCGGCCGGAGCUCAACAGGAACACCCUGGUGCCAAACAUCAAGGUUCCCACCGUAUCAGAGGAGGUGGCCAGAGACGCGCUGCUCAGGUUUGUGGCAUCGAAAUGGACGUACAGCACCAAGCCUGCGAGGGAGCUGACCUUCAGAGAGCUGAGGAGCAGCACCGUGUACAGGUACCGACUGGAGACCUACACUGAGACCAGAACCAGCGCCUGGCAGUUUGAGCCUUACAACGGUCAGACGGUCGAUGGGCCUCAGUCCGGCACCAGUCCGCCACCCUGGGACGUCCCGGUGCCGGUGCCCCAGAGGUACAGCGACGUGGUGGAGCAGGUCCGUGUGCCCCACUCCUCCUUUGUGAAGAUGUGUCACCAGUGCAGAGGCUGCGGGAGAACGCGGUGCGUUGGCUGUGGCGGGAGAGGACAGAAACGCUGCACGUUCUGCCACGGACACGGUCGAUCCAGGAAGAAGACCUGCACCUCCUGCCACGGCCGCGGCCGCCGGAGGUGCUCCUCCUGCUCCGGACGCGGGUUCAAGACCUGCGCUGUUUGUCACGGCAGCCAAAACCUGCUUCACUUCAUCCAGCUCACCGUCACAUGGAAGAAUAACUUGGAGGAGUUCAUCCCCGACCGGCAGCCCGACUUCCCUGACAGGAAGUUUGACAAAGUCACAGGAGACCCGUUCUUCAUAGACGAGAAUGUUCUGGUUUAUCCCAUCCAGGGGUUCCCUGAUCAGGAGAUCUGUGAUGUGUCAACGAGGCUGAUUAACGAACACCUGAACCGCUUCAGCUGCACCAGCCGCAUCCUGCAGCAGCGUCAGACCAUCGAGCUGGUGCCUCUGACUCACGCCUUCUACUCCUACAGCGGCAAAGACUACAGCUUCUUCGUCUACGGGACGGAGAACCGCGUGUUCACCUCCAAAUACCCGUCUACCUGUGCCAUCUUAUAAAAGCUGGCGAGGCUGAAAACUCACACAGGGAAGAGGUCCGAGCCCGUCGGACUCCUGAGCCACAGAACCUGGACGAGUUCUAAUGUGACUAAAAUGAAUACGAGACCAAUGAACAGGGAAUGAUUAGCAGAACCGCUGCACUGGGACGAAGCUGGACAGGUGUAAUAAUAAAGUGACCAUUGACGACCAUUUACUACAAAAACAAUCAAACAAAAACAAAUCUCUGUUUCUCCCCAUGAAUCAGUUUCACCUGAAAUUUUUUUUGUUUGUAAAAAUGUUAAAUUAUUGAUCGGACCUGUCGUGUGUGAAAUGUUUAAUCCUUCGUUUUGUCUCAGUUGUGAGUAAACGUUCUUUUUUGUGCGCUGAGCUUUAAUCUCAUGUAAGUUAAAGACAGUGAACAUGAGACGUAAUCAUUUACUUUUGUAUUUUACAUUUACAUUGUGACAAAGACGUGAAUAUAAACCAUAAUAAAGCCUCUGCUUUAUAAAUAAAGCUGCUGCUCAGAGUCUGACAUAAACUGGUUCCUUUUGGUGAUUCAUUAUCUUUGUUUUUCAGAUCUUACAGUUUAACACUCAGGGACAAACCUUUCUGUUUAUGACUUUAAAUAAACACGUUGCUAUCUUAU